AUGUCGGCAGAAGAGCAACCCCCACUCAAGCGUCCUCGUACUUCUGACGACUCCGAAGGGCCAUCAGGAAGCACAGAACAAUCAGGACCGGAACUCGUACGGUCAGAGGAGCUCUGGUUCGAGGAUGGCAGCGUUAUCAUCCAGGCGGAAUCGACACAAUUCCGCGUUCAUAAGACCAUCCUCGCUCGCUCGUCGAGCAUAUUUCGCGACAUUUUUGAGAUCGGUGAACAAUCUGCCUCUGAGGCCGUGGUUGAUGGAUGUCCAGUAGUCCACGUCUCCGAUUCAGCAGUCGAAAUGCACCAUUUCCUGCUUCUUUUAUAUGACCAAAAAUACGCUCCGGGCAAGCUUCCGACUCUCACGCAAAUCAUGGCUAUGUUACGACUGGGGAGAAAGUAUGACGUUGAUUUCCUUUAUCAAGAGGCGUUGCGGAGGCUUCAAUUCGAGUUUCCGAGCACUUUGGCGGCAUUCAAUCCAGGCCAGCCAGUAUAUAAACAGUUCAGUUGGCAACCAGGUGCUUUGUUCGACGUUGUCACUCUUGCCCAGGAGAUGCGCAUCCAUUCAAUCUUACCUGCCGCAUUGUUCUACUGCGCGGCCCUACCCUUGAAGGCACUUUUUUCAGGACUUGCGCGGGAGGAUGCUACCAUUGCCACUAUUCCAGCAGAAGUGCUUCAAACUCUCCUCAUCGGCCUCGACGCGCUCCUGGGUUCACUAGGCCAUAUCAGCUUGAAAUGGAUUCGUGGCAACGCGGGCAGCCCGUUGUGCGACUCGCCCCAGAGCUGUAAGAAUUGGCGGGUGACCUUGUUAGAAAUUGUUUUCAAAGUGAAGCCGGAUGUGCGCCUUUGCUUGGCGGACACAAGGGGAUUUGAUGCCAUUCUCGGUUUCCUUUGUAGGUCCUGCCGUAAGCAUGCUCGCUCUGAGCAUCAAAUCGGCCGUGGAGAGAUUUGGCAAUCUUUGCCUCAGUUCUUUGGCUUGGAGAGUUGGGACAGAGCCCUCUCUCCGGACCCUGGUCCGUGGCCAAUGGACUCUCAUGACCUGGCUACUUGUGCUGAGUGA